GGUUACUCCAUCAACAGCUGAAUGUGUAGGAGAAGAUAAGUAAAAUACCAACAGAAAGAAUAAAUGGAUUAGCUGGAAAUAAAAAAGAAAUGCAUUGUUAAAAAAAUCCAGACAAAACCCCAAACACGUGCAGUGGGCAUUUAUAGGUUUAAAACAAAACAAACCAAAAGUCCACGAAAAAGCAAAAUUUGCAUUAUCAUCCUCACAAGCAGAGACUUGAAUAAAUUCACUUUAGCCCAGCAUCUUAAACAGAACUUAGGAAAAUCUGGAGUUUUGUUGACCCUGUGGGAAACUUUUGAAAGUGCUAAACAGCUUAAGCAUGAAAAAGUAAUCUUUACUUUUAUAUAAAAAAGAGAAACAGCUGCUCACAACUGAUGUGUGUUUAAAUGAGGUUGAAUCAAUUUUUUAAAUAUCUGAGAAUGUUUCCUCUGCCACCAAGACACCAGAGGGAGAUCAGAUCAGUGCAUGCUGGCAAGUCCAGGAAAGUGUCAUGGUGAAUAUGAAAUAUCAAACCAGAAAAACAGCAUCCACCAAAGAAUCACGAAAUAUUCCAAGAGGAAACACUAUUCUCUAAGCACCUCUGGUAGAAGCUUUUGCAAUUGCUUCUGAAUUCAUAUCCGCAUUUCCAUAGGAGUCUAAAUAAAGGGGGAAUAAUAAAACCAUGGAAAGCAAAACAACAAAAACCUCCAACACUUGUUUUAAUAUCAGAGUAAAAAGUACGGGUGGAUAAUUUCAACAAUAAAUAGAGAUAACGCUUUUAAAAAGAGAAGAAAAAGAUAACUCUCCUUUCCUUCACAGCUAUCUUUUAAAUUAAAGCCUUUCAGACGUUAUAACCAGUAAAAUAUCUGUAGCCUGGACAAGCUGUCAGGGAAGACAGCUUUGUCAGGCUACUCAGUUUAAGACCUGACCCUUAUACACUUUGGCUAAAAAGUGCUGUCAUUUACACAGGUGAAUAUACACUGAUGCAAGCCUCUGGAUUUACACAGGUGUGGCAGAAGGAUUUGGCAGGCUUUUGCUAAUUUUAAACAAUUUAAAAAAAAAAAAAGAGAUUCACUUUUGCACUGGGUUACAGUUGUAUCAAUCCACUGAUGUUAUCAAUCCAUUUUGUGCUGAUGGCACUGCUCCACAGCUUGUUAAUGAAACUCAGGAUUUUUUAUGCUGUGUCCAACUAGAGACUGUAACCAAAACUAACACUGCUACAAUUAAAAUCCUUGGGUUUCAUCAAAGAAAAUUAUUCAUUUAUUGUUUGGUGCUCCUCGGUUUUAUAUUAAUUUUUGAAAGGAAUCUUAACACAGUCUCGUUAUAGAACCCGUUACUCCUAUGAUUCCCCCAUAUACAGUGUCCCAUUAGCACAGCAUUUUCAUGCAAUAAAUAGAACCACGUUUGUUUUUAAAGCAGAUUUGUUUGUAAAGACACAGAUCAUUGGCAGGACAAUUGAGAAGCAGGGCUUGUAUCUCGGAACAUUUUUUACACCACUAUCUGCUUAUUACUUUUUAGCUUGGUCCCUUCCAACUCAGGAUAUUCUAUGUUCCUUUGUAGCUCCUCCAAGGUUGUCUGUUGUACCUGGAAUACUAAAAAUGUGCCGAUAUGAGUGAUUUCAGGUUUGAUUCAGACCCCAUAACUGCUGCCCAAGCAAACCUGUAUGACUGUAAAACUGCCAGCCAGAUGUGCAAUGCAGGAACAAACAUCCAGUUUUUAAGUGUUUUACACAUAAUUUUCAGCUGUUUGGCCAACUUCAGAUAUUUAGGUGGCUCAAAAUGAAACAGGAGAUAUAAAAGGGAAUAAAAGUUUAUUUGAAGUGGGUUGUGUGCUCAUAUCAAGUUCCCUUUGCUUAAAUGCAGUGACACAAAUAUCAUCCCAGCAGGCUUGGUGUGGAAUUUACACCAUAAUUAAGGAGGGAUCAGGCCCAGGGCAACCUAAUACGAGCUUUUCAUAUAUUUGCAACAAAAUUUCAGCUCUAUUCAAUGUGUUUGCUAGAUCAGAAUGCAGUUUGGAAACUCUGAGGGGAGGUGGGAAUCUGAAUAAACAUGCCUGCAAAAAAAGAAAGAUAAUUCAGGUCCGAAGGGUCAUUCCCUUCAGUUCAAGUGCAGUGGAUUGCCCUUCCUGGAUCCAACAGUAGGGGCGUGGGAAGCUUUCAGAUGUCACAGGGUUGUAGAUAACAUUUGAACAUAUGAUUAGCUUUUGUGAGCUGUCUUUAGAAACCUUACAUUUUUUCCCCCCCACACCUUAGCCAGAGAUCCUUCCCUUGAGGUUUCGGGACACUUAAAAUGUUGCUUUGCCAAAAAUCAAGGAUGUGGAGAAGGUUUUCCUGUGUGAUGUCAUUUUGCUGCCCUUUAUAAGCCCGUGCAGAGAAGAAGGGAACCUAUCUGAGGAUCCACACUCCAGCACAAGGGCGAGCAAGGAGCGUGGAGGCGAAUCCAGCUGCAGAUCCCGACCGACCAUGGAAAGGCGAUCCAUGGCACCCUGCAGCUCCCUGCUCCUGGUACUCUGCAGCCUGAAGGCUACCUUUGCCUUCCCCAACUCCUCUCCACUGCUGAAUCCCAGCUGGGGGAAUGGAGAUAGCCUAAUGCACCUCUACACGGACACGGAGAGGAACAGCUUCCACCUCCAAAUCAAUGCCGACGGCUACAUUGAUGGUGCCCCUCACCAAACCAUCUACAGUGCCCUUAUGAUCAAGUCUGAGGGUGCUGGCUCAGUAAUAAUCACAGGGGUGAAGAGUGGACGUUACCUAUGCAUGGACAUGAAAGGAAACAUAUUUGGCUCGCAUUACUUCAGCCAAGAGGACUGUGUGUUCAACCACAGGACGCUGGAGAACGGAUACGACGUGUACCAAUCUCCCAAACACAACUUCCUGGUGAGCUUAGGCAGAGUUAAGCAAGCUUUUUUCCCUGGCACGAACCCGCCACCAUACUCCCAGUUUUUAUCCAGGAGAAACGAAAUCCCAUUGUUCCGCUUCAACACCCCCAAGCCCCACAGGAACACCAGGAGUGCAGACAUGGAUCCGAUGGAUCCUCACCAGGUCCUGGUCCCGCAGAGGAAGACCUCUGGGCUUGGCUCUCCCCUGCAACAGGAAGCAGACUUCUCCCACGUGCCCAGGGAACCCGUGAGGAUCAACCAGAACGACGUGGUGAACCCCGAUGACCCCCAUGCCAUGAUGGACGCUCGGAGGUACCCGAGCCCCCGGUUCUACAUCACCAGAUAACUGCGACCCUGGAGCCUGCAAAGUGAGGACAGAGGCAAAGGGAACUGUCUGACACACUCUCAGUCUGAAUGUCCAAUGGGAAACAUCGGGAAAAGUUCCUUAUAUUUCAGAUUUUGUACUUAGAGAUGACACAUUACUGACAAAGCAAGUGAACUUUUCCAGCCAGAGCUCUGUGGACUGAAAAGAUAUAUUUUUUAAAAGAAUAAUAGAAAUCAAACCUUUUAGGAUCCUAAUCACCUUAACUUUCCAUCAAUGAAGAAAAAAGAAAUCCCUUGAAUGAACUGAUAUUAUGUUCCUGAUGUAACUGGGAAGAGACCUGGAACAUCUGACAUUCCAACAGAGACAGGAAAUCCUCUUAUUGCACUGCCCCUGAGUGUUCAAACACAGCAGACAAACUCUCUGGCAGUGUGUUAUAUUAUUAUAUAAAAACUACUAUAUAUGUAAUAUAUACAUUAUCUGAAGGGGUCUACAAGGAAGCCAGAGAAGGAUUUUCCUUCUGAGUAAGUUCUUCAUCAGGAACUGUAGUGACAGGACAAGGGGGAAUGGCUCCAAACUGACAGAGAGGAGGUUUAGAUUGGAUAUCAGGAAGAAAUUCUUCCCUGGGAGGGUGGUGAGGCCCUGGCACAGGUUGCCCAGAGAAGCUGUGGCUGCCCCAUACCUGGAAGUGUUCAAGGCCAGGUUGGAUGGGGCUCUGAGCAACCUGGGCUAGUGGAAGGUGUCCCUGCCCAUGGCAGGGGGUUGGAAUGAGAUGAUCUUUAAGGUCCUCUCCAACCCAACCAUUCUAUGUUUUUAGCUUUUAAGUUGGAGCUUUAGUCUCUUUUCAUGCCCCUAUGAGUCAAAAAAUGACCACUCUGCUGUUAUAAGAGCACCACAUGUGGAAAACUAGCAAGUGACAGAAGGACAGGACAGGAUUAAAUGGUCUUGUGUAAACAGAGCAAUUCUGGACACUUUCUGAAUCAAAGCUGAGGUUUGGGAAAAAAAGAGAAGAGUCUCACUGUCUGUCAAGUGCUUCUCUGUCACAGUUCUACAUUCACUGAAUUCUGGCAUCACGAUGUGGAAAAAUAAUGUAAAGAUCAUUAGUUUUGCAUCUUUCCAACCUACAGAGAAGUACUAGGAUUACUAAUAAUCAAUAGUGUGUGUCAAGAUGGUUUGUUUUGCAUACUGCUGAACUACACAGGGGGAAAAAAAAUCCAAAAAUUUAUGCCUUGUAAGUGUCAAACUGUUAAUAGUUUCACUAUAAUGAAGACUCUCAUCUAAUGAGUGAAAAUUAGGUAUGUAUUUAGAAAGGAGCAUCUAAUUAGCAUCCAUGUUUCUAUUCAGUUCUGAGCAGAUACUAGAUGCUUUAUAUUUGUAAGAGUGAAAUUACCAUUAAUCAAGAGAUCUCUCAUUUACAGAACUUUUCCCCUAGAUUGAUUUAUGUUAUGGAUAAAUUUACUUUGAAAGUUAUUUGUGAUGCAACUCUGCAGAAAUCAAUUCACUGGAGUUACAUCAGUGCAACAAAAUCAAAAUAAGGCCCUCCAUGUUUCCUGUGUUCAUUGGAAUUUUUCUGGAUUUAGCACAGGGUCUGUCCUGCUGACAGCAUUUAAAUAAUCUCUUUUUCCCUCCCUAUAUAUGUAUAAAUACAUGAUAUCUCUUUAUCUAUAACAUUCAACUCAUGUUAGAAAAGUCACAGGUCCUGAUACUACUCUUGGAAUAGUUUUCCUAUCUAGAGUGAUUCCUAAUUCAUGUAAAUUCUAGGGAGCACAGGACAAGCCAAAUGAUUAAGAUUAGACCAAGAGUUCUGUCUCAUCAUGGUUUUGAUUAAUUUCUGAAUGAAAUGAGUGAUUCUAAGGAAUUCAGGAGAAUUGCAGGUGGGUGGAGAGUCGUGCUUUUUCUUGUUUAUUCAAAGUGCAGCAAGACUUUUUACCUUGCUGUCUGUUGUACAGUGCAGAGGUGUGAUUUUAUUUAAUAACUUUACUUGAUUUCUGUUCUUGGCUUUUGCUCCUUGAAAACUCUGGACUUCAAGUACAACAGCAAAGUUUGCCUUUUGCAUAAAUUGUUGGAAGCUCCACAGGCUCUCUGGGACUCCAAGACAAUGGACCUACAACAAUUUGAAUCUCUGUCCAUAUCAAACUUUGAUGAGAAAUGUGGGGUUUAAUCUCUACACCAUCUCUAUAUCCAUACAUUAGAACAAAGUAAGCAGGUUGCUCACUCUCUUAGUAGCCAGGGGAUUUAGUGCCUAAGCUAAGACUGAAUACACAGUGGAUUUUGCAUUAAAAAAAAUGUAUUUGUAGCUAUAGACAACUGUAUCAAAAUAUCAAAAGAAUUAAUUCUUCAAUGGAAAUGCUGGCAAUCACCAGCUGGUAAGAAAGCAUUAUUAUUUAUGUUGCAAUAUUUAUUUAUUUAUUUGUGUGGGUCUUAAAUCCCACAGAAUAUUUAUAAAUAUUUAUAAUAAUGUAUAAUAGAGAUUAUUUCCUUUAAUAAAAGCACCAAUAAACUUUUCAUUUGCUCCAAAUGGUGGAUUCUGCAUUGUCUGUCUAAAUCCCCCAUUCCAGAAGGAUUUGAAUAGCAGGUAUGUCCGAAAAUUUUU